AUGCCUGUCACGGCCACUUCUGGCGCACGCCUGGUGCCUAGCAGCUCUCCAGAUACUUUCCAGCAGACUCCCAGUUCUCCGGCAGCUAUUUCGGUCCAAGACUGUUGCCCCGCCUCCCCGUGCUGCAUCGCCACGUCGAGGCCCAGACUCGAAGGCAUGGCCCGCUCCGGCUCGUUGCUCCUCGCCUGCGCCCUCGCAGCGGCCGCGUUUGCGUACCUCGGCCUGCAGUCUCUGUCGUUUGUCGGCGCUUCGCAGACACGGGGGCUGCGAUCCUCGGCUCCGUCGGUCGAGAGGGCGGGCUACGGCGGGGCUCCCGGUGGCAAGCCCUUCUGGGCCCAGUGGGAGAAAGGAGAUUACUACCUGAAGCCUCCUCCAGGCACCCUGCAGGGGUUCGAGUACGGGCGGAACCAGCUGGCGGAUGGGCGCACCGCGGGUGAUGAGAAGAAAACUAGCAGCGGUGGAUCGGACAUCUCGAUCGUUGUUCUUUUGACCGUCUUCUUCUUCGCCUCGGUCUACGCGAACGACAGCGGCUUCUUCAACCCCUGA